AUGUCUGUCGCUAGUCGUCUACUAUUAUUAUUAUUAUCGUUGUGUAUGACCGGCAAUGAUGCCGCACGAAUAUUGGCUUUCUAUCCGACACCGAUGAUAAGCCAUCAAUUUGUUUUUCGUCAUUUAACUCUAGAAUUACUUAAAAGAGGACAUGAAUUAGUGGUACUUACUCCUGACCCUAUGUUUAAAAAGGGACAAACGCCAGGCAAUCUUACAGAAAUAAAUCUUCAUGAUGUAUCUUACGAUGCAUGGAAAAAAGGAAUUGCCCCGUUUCCUACAACACAAAUUCAAGGUAGUAGAGAGAAUUUUAAAAAACAAUUCAGGCCAAUUUAUAAGCUUUUUGUGAAAAUAGUGGAAAUGCAGCUGUCUGCACCUGAAGUACAAGCUAUCAUGAAUGACAAAACAAAAAAGUUUGAUUUAGUGUUACUUGAAGCAUAUAUUGAUUCGGCUUUAGGCUUGAGCCAUGUAUUUAAAGCACCAGUUAUUCAGUUCAGUUCUGUAGGAGCAGCGUUAAAUAAUUUAGAAGCAGUUGGGGCACCGAUGCAUCCAUUUUUGUACCCGACGUUGGUUCAUUCGAGAAUUUUGAAUCUUACAUUUUGGGAAAAGGUGUCUGAGUUGUGGUUUUUUAUCGAUCAUCUCUUCCUUAUGAGAGAGAUAAGUUCUGACUCUGACGAGAUGCUCAAGCGUCUUUUAGGGUCUAAUGUUCCGUCAGUAUCAGAUUUGAAGAACAAUGUGGAUAUGUUAUUUUUGGAUGUAUAUCCAAUGUGGGAUUUAAACCGUCCUCUGCCUCCUAAUGUUAUUCUCUUGGGUGGUAUACAUCAAAACCAGAAAAAAGAAUUACCUAAGGACCUUAAAGAUUAUUUGGAUUCAUCUAAAAGCGGUGUUAUAUAUGUGAGUUUCGGAACAAAUGCAGACGCAACAUUGUUGCCUCCACACAAAAUACAGACGAUGGUAAAUGUUUUCUCAAAAUUACCAUAUGACAUUUUAUGGAAAUGGAACACUGAUGAAUUACCAGGACGGACUGAAAAUAUAAAAAUUUCCAAGUGGUUACCACAAUCAGAUUUGUUAAAACACCCAAAAGUUAAACUAUUCAUCACGCAAGGAGGUAUGCAAUCAACAGACGAGGCGAUCGAUGCUGGUGUACCUCUGAUUGGUAUACCGAUGCUAGGUGAUCAAUGGUAUAACGUGGAGCAUUAUGUUCAUCAUAAAAUCGGUCUUCAAGUUGAUAUAGAAACAAUCACAGAAGAAAAAUUAAAACACGCCAUUGAACUUAUUCUACAGAAUGACAGUUAUCGUCAGAACAUAAUUAAGCUCAGGACAUUAAUAAGAGAUCAGCCUCAGACCCCGUUAGAACGAGCCGUGUGGUGGACGGAGUAUGUGAUAAGACAUGGUGGAGCGAAACACCUGCGCUCACCUGCUGCAAACAUGUCCUGGACAGAAUACCUGGAGUUAGAACUAGUGUUAUUUUUACUACUGUCUAUUGCGUCAGUGAGCGUUGCAUUUAUAUUUAUCUGUUACAAACUUUACAAGAAAUUAUUUAGUCACAAAAUUAAUAAUAAAAAAAUUAAAAGGAGUUGA